GGGGGCGGCGGCGGCGGCAGCGGCAGGCAGGCAGGAGCGGUAGGGGGUAGGGGGGGAGAAUUUUGUCUCUCGAUCGACUCUUUCCGCCGCUGCGCGGCUGCUCUGGUCUGGGUCGUCUGGUCGGGGCCGACACGGGGCAGCGCGGCGAGCGGGGCCGCUCCUCGCCUAGCGCCGCGUCCGCCCAUCGCGAGAGACACAAACAGCGAGGCUUGGGGCGGGAGACGCGAAGCCGCGAGGCAACCUGGCGGCGUGCUCGGAGACAAAGAGAACCCCCGCGAACCAUUUCUCUCACGGGCGGCGGGUAGACGGCGACGGCCACGGCUCCGUUGCGUCGGCCGCGUUAGACGACGGUGACGGUGGCGGUGAUCCAAGCGAGCGCCGUUGCGCGGGCCCAGGAGGUUGGGCCCUUGGAGACGCUCGACGCAGGUGCUGUUCUCUGUGCGUAGCAUGCGAGAGGGACAUCGGCCCAACAGUCCAAGUGUGGCUGCCUCGACCAUUCUCACCGACUUCGUGGCGGCGCUCGCUAAUUCCUGCUGCGCCUUCGCUUCCGGAGACAAUGCCGGCGUGCGCGAGCACCAAUUUAAUUUGACUCGCAGCUGUCCCACACACCUGCUUGCCUUCUCCAUGAACACGGGGCAGUAAGGGAGAGGUGUUUUUUUUAUUUUCCAACUUCAUUUUCAUCGGGAGAGGUGGCCACAGCGGCAGCCAGUCAAGCAGACGGGCAAGAAUGGGGCCCAGCCGGCGGAGAAAUGCGGUCCAAAUCCUAAGUGGGCGUGAGCUGGGCGCCAGUUGGAUGGGGGCACGCAGCGGCCUGGAGGAACUGGCGGAGGACAAGGCCUGCCAGAUGCAGUGGGAGAGCCAGAAAGUGGAGUUGCCUGACAGUCCGCGUUCGACUUUUCUGCUCGCCUUCAGCCCCGACAGGAGUCUCAUGGCAUCGACACACGUGAAUCACAACAUCUACAUCACAGAGGUGUACACGGGCCAGUGCACGCACUCGCUGGUGGGCCACCGUCGCACGCCGUGGUGCGUCACCUUCCACCCGUCUAUAAAGGGGCUGCUAGCGUCCGGUUGCCUGGACGGAGAGGUUCGCAUCUGGGACCUGCACGGUGGGAGUGAGAGCUGGUACACGGAGAACAACAUGGCGAUCGCGUCGCUGGCCUUCCACCCGACGGUGCAGCUGCUUGUGGUGGCCACGGCCAAUGAGAUUCACUUCUGGGACUGGAGCCGCCCCGAGCCCUUCGCCGUCGUGAAGACGGCCAAUGAGAUGGAGCGAGUUCGAUUGGUGCGUUUCGACCCUCUCGGUCAGAACUUGCUGACGGCCAUCGUUAACCCUUCCAAUCAGCAGCCCGAGGAGGACACCGAGAUCUCGCCCGACGUCUCAAUCCGGCAGCGGCUGAUGCUGCACGCUCAGCUGAUCCGCCGAGCGCCCAUGCUGCACAACUACUUGCACAUGCCUCCGUUCCGGCCACCUGGUGGGGCCGGUUCGGGCGUGGGGGCAGACGGCGCAUCCGGCCAUGCGGGCGCUCCGGACCGAGGCUCCUCAUUGCACGGGGAUGCGGGGGGCAGAACCCCUCCUUACUCCUCCAGCAUGUUCGCUCCGACGAGCGAUGUCGGUGGUGGCGGCAGUGGCGGCAGCAGUGGCGGCAGUAGCAGCCUGCCCUUCGGCUACAACUCGUUAAGUCAGUCCGCUUCGUUUUCGCCAAUGGAAGGGGCGAGCAGGACGUCCCCUUACUUCGUAGGUUCGUUCCAGUCACCUCGGGAAACAAGUCGUACAUCGGUCUACACGGUGCUUCGCGAUCGCUUCGGCUAUCUCACCACAUCUUCCUCGUCCACCAUGCCGACAAGCCAGGGCCACUUCACCACCGCUCCCUCCAUUCCGCUGCUCCGCUCGAGGAGCCUGUCUGCUUCGCAGCAGCGCUCGCUUCCUUCCGAGUUCAGUGCGCAGCCUCAGAGUUCAUCGCAGCAAAGCGGUGGCAGCGGAGGCAGCGGCGCACCGAACUUUGCGGCAUACCCAGCAACGUCGGCCGCUUCUGUGGGGCUGCCGUACUCCACGGUGCCGCAGCCCCGCAUCUCAAUGCCCCGCGCGAGUCGCGACUCUGCGCCAGCCACCUACGAGGCCGAUCAGGCGAUUCCCAGCACCAGUCGCUCCGGGCUGGAUUCUCCACCCACGCCGCCUCGGCCUCACAGGUCCGAGGGCUCGGGUCUGCCAAGGAACCUCGCGGUGGCAGGCAGCGCUCGUCAAUCAAGCGCCAGCCAGGCGAACCGCGUCAUAUCUAGCACCGGCUGGACGCGCACUGUGCUCGGGGCCACUGGCAGCGUCGCGGUCGAAGCGGAAGGCGCGGACGACGAGGAGGCUGCCUACGGCGCUCAGUCUUCCCGGCCCGACUUCACGGUCACCGCUCCCCGCCUGCUGUCGGCACUGACCGCCGAUCCUGCCGUCACACUCCCUCCAGUUUCGGAGACCGCAGUGCAGCAGCCUGGCUUUCUGUUGCGAGACGCGGCACCAGACGGCGUCGGCGCGGCUUCGGGCACGAGCUGGACCGCUGGCGCCAGCCGUGACAGUGACCGUGCAGGGGUAAGGGAAGACCACGCCGACGUGCAGAGCACCAUCGAUAUGUACCUAGGAACGACGCAUUUAGAAAACCCAGCUCCCGCAUACCCCAGUCUCUCCGGAGACUCCACCGUGGACGACAAUCUUAACAACAACAACGGAGCGGAAUUAGAUUUUUCGGGCAGACUCCAACCGUCGCAGUCAUUUUUGGACGUUCCCGUUCAGUCUCCUGACUUUUAUGACCUACCUCAGCAGCAGCAGCAUCGUGACGAGGAUGAGUCAGCAGCCAUGGGCUCUUCUUCAGGCUCCGUUCACUUUCACCGCUGUCGCGCCUGCCACAACCUCUUGACGUUCAACUCGGACGCUCGUCGUUGGGAACGCUUCUCUCACGGGCAGCAGCAGCAGCAGCCGCCGGCGCCAACGCCGCCGCCGCCACCUCCUCCGCCACCGCCGCACUUGUCUCCUUUUUACCCUGGACCGGACAACAGUGACGAAGGCGUUGGUGUGGGCGUAGGGCGCAUGGCGCACGUGAGCUCCUCCUCAUACGAUGCCCCUGGCCUGGGAGGAACCGCACCUUUCCUGCCUCCACGGGGGGCCGUGGGACGCUACGCUACACCUGCUGGCCUCGGUUCCGGGAUGGAGGUCCCGUCGCGCUAUGGAAACCGCCUGGGCCUGCUCUACGGUUCUCGGCAAUUCAGUGAUCGCCUCUCGGGCUCUGGCGGCCCGGGCGCCGGAUCCGGAGCCGUAACCGGCUUGGGAGCGGGCGGCGGUCCGGUGAGCGUCCGCGACGGAAGGCCCAGGGAGCGGGCGUACACGCGGACCAUGGAACGAACGCAGGCGGGUGGUGGCGGCGGCGGCGGCGGCGGCGGCGGCAGGGGAGCGAGGGAGGAGACGGACGACCACGACGCGGAGCGCGACGAUCCUCUGCACAGGAGGCUCUUGCAGGCUACGGAGCGUGAAACUGUCAGCCCGUCCACGGCCGCGCUCGCCCGUGCCAUCACCAGCUUCGAUGGCGUCGGGGCCAGGGAGCACCCUCUGUACCCCGACCCAGCCAGGCUGUCUCCCGCUGCCUACUACGCCCAGCGGCUCAUCCAGCACCUGACGCGCAGGGACAGCAUCCGGCAGCGCGUGCUGCGCUACCAGCACGUGCGGCACGGGGAGGGGGGCGCCGCACCCCCAGCCGUGUCCCAUACGGGGCUCAACGACGACGAUGAACCCGACGAUGGCGGGAGCGAGCGGUCACGGCCGCGUGUUGCUCCCCGAUCGCGCCUGCCUGUGCCAUCCCUCGGCCGUUUCACCCCCAGGCGGUUCCUGUUGCCAGACUACUUACCUUACGCGGGCAUCUUUCACGAGCGGGGGCAGCCGGGCCUCGCCACCCACGCUUCCGUCAACCGCGUGCUUGCAGGGGCGGUGGUCGGAGAUGGUCAGUCGGCGGUGGCUAACAACAUCGCCGAUAUCACGUACCGCCUGCAGUGGUGGGACUUUGCCAGCUACAACCUGCCUGAAAUUAGCAAUUCCAAGAUCAACGUUCUGGUCACCAAGUGCAAGAUCUAUAACGAUGCGAGCUGUGACAUCUCGGGCGACGGUCGCCACCUGGCCGCCUUCGUGCCGGGCAGCCAUCGGGGUUUCCCGGAUGAGGGCGUCCUCAACGUUUACUCGCUGGCGCCACACAACCUCGGGGAGGUGCUUUACCAGCGCCGCUUCGGCCCCAAUGCCAUAUCCGUGAGCCUGUCCCCCAUGGGGCGAUACAUAAUGGUGGGACUCGCCUCGCGCAGGGUGCUCCUGCAGCCCUCCACCAAGCACAUGGUCGCCCAAGUGUUCCGCCUGCAGCAGCCACACGCGGGAGAAGUGUCCAUGCGGCGGGUGUUCAACGUGGUGUACCCGAUGCCGCCCGACCAGAGGCGCUACGUGAGCAUCAACUCGGCGCGCUGGCUUCCGGACGUGGGGCUGGGCCUGGCUUACGGCACCAACCGGGGAGACCUCAUCAUUUGCCGACCCAUCGGAGUGGACCCAAGCCUGACUAGCGAUGUGGGCUGGGACAAUCUUUACACGCUGUCAGAGGCCGUGGACUCGUUACAGAGCCGUCGAGAGCCUGUGCGCCCUGGGUCUGCGCCGAGGUCGGAUGCGUUCAGGCCCGACCGCGAGUUGGCGCUCAUGAGCGCCAUCGGGCUGCAGCCACGCGGACCAGGCUCUUGGUCCGUGACCACUCAGGGAACGCAGACGCAGCGCCACUUCCUCAGCGCCAGCACACAGACCGACGCCGAGCACGUUUUAGCAGGGGGCCUCCGAGCUCCUGGUGCCACAUCUUACUGUCCAUUUGUGUGGCAGUCAUUGAAUAAUUCCGACGACGGAGAGAGGCCGGGCCCUAGCGGAGUGCGGGCCCUGCGUCCCAGCGUGGCGCCGGCCGAGAGCGCACACGCGGAACACGAGCGGCGGUCGGACAACGCUCCAACCGACGGCGGCCCGGGUGACGUCGGCGGCGCCCCGGCACCGUCGGUGCUUUUGCCCCCGCCGGGGGGGGCGACCUCUCCGCCCCGGCAGGACGAACCCGUGCAGGAUGUCAUCGACAGCUACGGCACGCUGUACCGGCAGGAGCGCGCCACGGGCAGCGAUUCCCCACCGCCGCAGCCUCCCGCUGCAAGUGAUGCAGGUUCGAGCACCGAGGGCAUCCUGCGUGCAGCUGGGCAAGCCCUGGGCUCCGCUGGCCUCUCGGAUUCCGUGUCGCAGACCGACUCCGAUCAUGGGACGAUUCCGCCCCCCUCCGUGACCGUCGGCUCCGGUCCCCCGUCGGACGCCGGCCUGGGUUCCGGCCGAGAGGACGCCACUGCGAUAUGCCACAGACUGACGGUGGGCGGCAUGACGGCUGUGGUGACCCGUGGCCGGGUCACCACCAUGGCUUCCAUGGGUGGCUUCGGUAACGAGAUCGUGGUGAGCCACGUCAUUAACGCGAGCUCCCAGACGAGCACGGGCGCCGACGGGGAGACGGUGGGCCACGUCGCUGCGGUGCCGACCCCGCACGCCACAGACUUGCGUUCCGCCCUCGCUGCCGUUGCUGCUGCCGCCGCCGCACGGACCGACUGCGGUUCGUCCGUCGCGGCCGUUUUUGACGCGGAGCCCCCAAGCAGUUUGUUAGCCGCGCUUCCAGCCAGCGCCGUCGGCGUGAUUGAGACUCGUACUGAUGCUGUAAGGGAAGCGGAAGCCUUUCACUCGAUCGCUUUGCCCCAAAAUGACACGGGGCUUCAUUUUCCCAUCACUGUGACAGAGACGGACAACUUGAGCCUGGCCGCCCUCGCUGCACAGUCCAGCAGCCAGCAGUCCGACGGUGCCUCGGUCGAAGCCCGGCUCAUUCUUUCGUUGCGAGCAGACGAGGAGCCGUCCAGAGCGGAGAGCGUCGGCUCGGGAAGCCUGUACGAUGCCCUCGCGUUGGGGAUGGAGAUGGGAAACCCUCCCAGCUCCCCCCCACCCUACCUCAUCGCAUCUUCCGAAGACGGAUCGCCACAGGUGAUCGGCCAGUCGACAAGCGACGACGACGAUGACGACGACGAAGAAGAAAGGGAAGAGGCUGCAGCCGGCUCGUCCGUCGCUGUGGGCACGGGCACGGGCACGGACGCGGGCGAGAGAUCCGGCUCGUUGCAGAGCAACAGGGUGCUGCUGCCGCCGCAACCACCACCGGCCGCAGCUGCGACGGCCGAAGCCGGUUUCCGCGAGCGACUUCCGCCGGAUCUGCAGAGCAACUUCUCUCUCUCGGACGAGUGGCUGGGAUUCAGUGACGCGGACACGGCCGGCUCGGAGGCUGGCGGCGGCCAGGCGUCGCUCAGGGAGAGCCUGGGCUUCGUGCUCUCCUCGCUCGAGCAGGAGUCUCCGGCCAUAAACGUGGUGGACGCUGCGGGCAGGGAGAGCGGCGACGAUGACGACGACGACGAUGGGCGCGCGGAGGAUAUUGACGGACACAUCGAGGACAUGUACUUCAGUCAGUAUUCGGAAUGGUGAGGCCUGAAAAGCCAGCUUCUCUUCCGGCAGGAAUGCGAGGCUGACCACAACGGCGCACCGCCCCACCCAGACGUGCACAAGUAAAAAUGGUGAAGCGAAGUGAUGUUGAGGUUGAAUAAAUGAAUGUGGCGUCAAAGCGGAAUUUUUUGAUUCCGGCAAUAGUUGCGAAAACUUGCGGGUUAAAGGGCAUUUCUGAAAACAAGUACAUUUAAGGUCUCAUUUCAAACAGAAAUGCCGUUAUGGACCUGUCUGACUAAUAGUUUGUUGUGCCUCUCGCCUUGGCAUAUCCUAAGGCUGGUAGGGAUGAUUUCCUUACACAAUUCAACCGACACUGGUUUUGUUUUACUGACAAUUUUUAUUGUUUUUAGUUUGUGCUUUCACUGUGUUUCAUUAGCAAACAGCAUUGUAUUGUGCAUAUUAUGAUACAGUGCUAAUAUAAUUUAACGAUGCGCAAAGUCUCUUCCAUUUAUUGACCGAAGCGAGGGCAGCAGCAAGUUCUGUGAAUGUUACGUUUGCACUUCACUGCCACCUUGCCGCUCGAUGCACCCGCGAUGUACAAAGAGCCUUCGUCUUUAGCUGUUAAUAUUUAAAGGGGGUGAGAGGGAGGCAUUUAAUAUAGCCCGUGUCAGCCACCGAACAGGUACAUGCGCGAGCGCAGUGGCGCAAACGGUCAAAUGCGUGUUUGUAAUUUCGGAGCGCUCCCAAGCCCCCCCCCCCCCCGCUCUGCUCCACUGCAUCGACUGUUUCAUAUCUGUAAGUGUGUUUUUUGUUCUUUUCCACUAACCCAUCAAAGUACAAACGUGGGUUGAUUCAAGCCGGAGGAGAUUCUUUUUACGGGUUGAGUGGCAACGUUCUCUCGUUGUGUUCAUCAGAAAGGGUGGUCGUCGCUCUUGUGUUUGAGUCCAUAAUAGGGUUGAGCGAGGCCUUCAUCCCCGCAGUGGGUAAAUUAUGGCUGAUGCUGAAUUUGCAACGUUGAAAAGUGCGCCACGUUUAAUAAUUUUUAAAAUCGUUUUUGAAAGUUAAUUUUAUUACCGUCUACAUACAACAAAUAAUAUUUCUUGCACAUGAUACUUUCUGUAAGCAUUACUCGUGGAAAUUAAUCGUUGUAUACGUUUGGUUAUCAAGUAAAGCGAGCUGGAUGUUUGACCCCGGUUUCACAUGUAAACAAAACUCGAAUGGCACUUGUUUACAGUACUUUGUGGUUACAGCAUUACGUUUCAGUAGAUUUGUGGUGGCUUGUGCGGUUUCACAAAUGCAUCGAAUAAAACGCCGUUAAACUCAAGUUUUGUUCACGUUAACUUCCGUGACCGGCAUGUGAAUGCAUGGCCCCAUAGCUGGGUGUCGGGAGUUGACGGGCGUGCUGUGUCUGUGUGUCUUCACUCCCACGAUCCACAAAAGCAAUACAUUUGAGGCUUUGUGAAACUUGAUAGAAUUGGGCCCGUCAGUUAUCUUAUACUUGGCAUCUCCCUGUUUUUAUCACAGGUUAAAAACCACUGCUGACCGAUGCUCGGCUUUGAAUGUUGUUGGCUGCAUGUAUAAGAGCAUGGCCAUAUGCGGCGAGUGUGGUGGUUCAGCAUGAACCACUACCCCACAAAAUAAUUGGUGAACCUCUUAUCGAUUACAACGCAUACAAAUUAUUCAAUUCUUGAAUCGAAUCUCGAUCCAGACACAUGACAAUUCAUUGGCUCUCUCGGGAGAGAGUGGGUGAAUUAUUGCAGGCCUUAUCUUGGCUAAAGCAAGCUGUGGCUUUGGGACGUUACCUGUGAAAAAUAAGCCAAAGCCUCUACAUGACAGCAUGAUCACUUCAGACCAGUGCUUUAGACACAUGGCAAGUUUACCAACAAAUCAGUAGAGCUAUCGGAACCCAGACGCAUAUAGUGAAGGUGGAGUUGGUUGGAAUACCUUGGUUAAAAUUUUUAAAAAUGUGAAUUCGCUCAACAUUGAUAAUAUAAAUGAUACGUGGAGAUUAUACAAAUUAAGAGAGACUUCUAACUGAAAGUUAACACGAGACUUAAGUGUCUUACUCAAAUGUUUUAAAGUGUGAAUAACAUCUUUCGAUUGCCGCGUUGUUCAUGGCAACGUUUUGACUGCGGUGGUCUUCACGAUGUGUUGGAAGCGUUUUUUUUUAUCGGACUGUCACGCAAAUCUGUGAUGGUCGUGACAGGUUCACUCACGGAAUGAGUUGAUUUGCACGCGAUGCUUAUUGACGCGAAAGGUUGUACAUUGAGUCUCGCAUUUAUCGUGUGCAGACUUCUUUAUGAAACACCGGACCCUCAAGACUGUGGCACGUUCCACCGAAAGCACUUAUGGCCUUUUGCUCACCGUUCUUUUUAUAUGUGCAUUUCUACUGGACUUUAAAACGGAGAGGAUACAUUUCACAUUUUGUGCACGCGGAAAAAAAACAAUAUUCCACCGUGAAAUGCAAAGUCUAAUAACGGUGAAAGCGAGGGCCGUUCACUUGCAAAACCUGCGUCACGAUCAUUGUGAUGGUAUCAAAGCAACGCUUCCUGUCUAUUUAAAUCGGGCUGAAACAAAUUGAAAAGCCGUUAAGUUCUACAAAAUGGAAAAGUUACAAUUAUUCCUACGUCUAUGUAAUGUUUUGCAAUUGCUAUCAUCUGAAUAGCUCGUUUAAGAUGAGCAACGACGUUCAGCCAAGAAAGAAUGCCAUUUCUCUUGUGCCUCACACAGGCCUACUUGAGCCAUCGGGAGUGUACCAGACGGUCGUUUGUUUGAGGCACACAGAGGUUCAGGCGAAGGAGACGUAGGUGCAUCAUCAUCACCAGCCAUGUUCGAUCCACUGCCGCAUGAAGGCUACCCCAAGCCACCACCAUCUCGUACAAUCCAGCGAUGUUCGUAGUCCACCUAACUACCGCCCACGAGGUGAUUUCAUCAUUCCAUCUCCUCGGUGGGUGUCCUCCAGGACGCUUUCCGCUCGUUGACUGCCCUCCAUUGAUUGUUAUUUAUAACAGUCGGCCAUCAACCCUUCUCGUGAUGUGUCUUGCCUCAGCCCAUUUUUCGUCAGAGAUUGUCAGAAUCAGCAUCACUCAAAAAUUACUAAAAAUUAACUUUGUGCAUGAGAACCAGUGAACAUGGCCAGGAGUGUGUUUAACUGUGCGAUGCUCAGUUACACGAGGGUAAAAGAAAUGAAAUUAGUUUCGCAUCACUAGUGUACUUUACAUUAGAGUAUUUAUACUGGCGGAAUCCGAUGAGCUAUAAAGCUCUUGUUCACAGAUGUCCAGUCGGGGCGGGUAAGAAUGUAACAACAGUACAAAAACAUGAUAGUGCAACGUACAAGAAGGGUAAAGAAAUCACGCAAACAAAUACAACUAAACCAUCGCCAUCCUCUACCAGACAAAGCCCACAUGGUCGUGGUGUUCUAUUCGGGAUUAAUUGUGGCCAAAGAAGUUGGGAAAACAACUUCGAGGCCGGUUGUUGAUUAGGGGCCAUCGUAGCUCAACUGCAUCAUAAAACCGGGAUUUUUUUUUAUUUUUUCAUUAUUACGUGUGAUCGGCAAAUCUUUGUUUUGUGGGUCCAAGGCAGCCCGCGGUGAGAGCCUCUUGCCUUGUCUCACAAGAGGAACACAAUCUUCGAUAGGACAAUAAGGGAGGCUUGACAAGUGGACGUGUUUAAAAUUGUCCCUUAAAGACUGCCACGCUCGUAGUGGAGUGGGGGGGGGGAGUUAAAAUUAUGCUUGUAGUCAGCUCGGUGAGACUAGAGUUAUUUUUCAACACUUGAAAUUACUGACUUGGGGAAAAAAGUCUGAUUUUUUUCUCUCUCAGUAAUGUAUAUUUGCGUCCCGGCAUGCUUUGCACAAGUCUGGUAAAAAAAAAUGUUUGUGUCUGAAACAAUUUGGCUCUGAAUUUCGUUUAUUCACCUGCAAAUGGAAAGCAUUGGUUGUCAUAAAUGUGAGUGCUAAGCUAUGUACAUAACGUCUAACAACCACCUAAGAGCUGGUUUUGUAAUGUACAUUGUGUCCAAAUUAUGUAUAUGCAACGUAUAUCACGAUGGCUGUGUUUCGUUAACCCAAUCGUUUUAUGAGUUGAAUAAAUGGCGCUGUACGACUGGCC